CUUCUGAGCGCUCCUGGCGGCAGAAGCCAGCCGUCGUCCGCUUCUGGCUCUCUCGAGGACCUCCGCUGAUUGGAUUGUAACCCAGACCUGUAGGAGCAACUAGCGGGAUCGCGGCUCUUCUUUUUUUAACCGUUUCAUCUCCUCUCUCGCCCCCCUCCUUUUUAAAAAACAUCUUUUUUAUAUAUAUAGACCUCAUUUUGGGGAGGGGGUGUUAUGGUGUGAACUCUUUCUAGCCAAACCGGGAAAAGGCAAACUCAUUUGAUUCCUGAUAUAUUAAGCCCGGGAAGGAAACCACAGCUUUGGUUUUUUGCUGAAUUGUAAAACUACAUUUAGUGAUGGAAACCAGUUGGACUGUACAUCUGCUGCCUCUCUUAGCUCUGACAUUGGCUUUUGUCACAGCUGUUCCAGAUGAAAAAGACGGAAAUUGGUCCAGUGAAAUGGAAGCUAAGAACCAGCAUCAAGCAAUACUAGGUGUAACGAACAAUAAAAUCAUGACAGCACAGUUUGAAUGCUAUCAGAAAAUUAUGCAAACUACUGAAGAAUAUGAAGGUCCACAUUGCAACAGAACAUGGGAUGGUUGGUUAUGCUGGGAAACUACUCCAGCAGGACAAACUGUAGAACAAAACUGUCCAGACUACUAUCAGGACUUUGACCCUUCAGAAAAAGUUUAUAAGAUCUGUGAAGAAAGCGGACACUGGUUUGUGCACCCUGAGAGUAAUAGAAUUUGGACAAACUUUAGCCUUUGCACUCAUCAGAUGCAAUAUAAAUUGCAGACAGCUCUGAAUCUGUACUAUAUCUCUAUAAUUGGCCACAGCCUUUCAAUCGUUUCACUUAUUAUUUCCCUUGGCAUAUUCUUCUAUUUUAAGAGCCUCAGUUGCCAAAGAAUCACAUUGCACAAGAAUCUCUUUUUCUCUUUUGUUUGCAACUCCAUUAUAACGAUUAUUAUUCUGUCGGGAGCUGCCAAUAAUCAAGCAGUGGCUGCAGAUAGCCCAGUUGGAUGCAAAGUGGCACAAUUCAUUCAGUUUUACUUCAUGGUUUGCAAUUACUUCUGGAUGCUCUGUGAAGGGAUUUACUUGCAUACUCUGAUUGUGGUGGCUGUAUUUGCAGAAAAGCAGCAUUUACUUUGGUAUUACCUCCUUGGAUGGGGCUUCCCCUUGAUACCUUCCUGCAUACAUGCUGUAGCCAGAAGCUUAUAUUUCGAUGACAACUGCUGGAUCAGUUCAGAGACUCAUCUGCUGUACAUCGUCCAUGGUCCUAUUUGCGUUGCUCUUUUGGUGAAUCUCUUUUUCCUGUUGAACAUUGUCCGUGUUCUAAUCACAAAGUUAAAAGUCACCCAUCAGGCGGAAUCCAAUCUCUACAUGAAGGCAGUCAGAGCCACCCUCAUACUGGUGCCCCUACUUGGCAUUGAAUUUAUGCUGGUUCCAUGGCAACCCCAAGGUCGUGUUGCUAUAGAGAUUUUCCACUAUGUGACGCAUAUCCUGAUGCACUAUCAGGGUUUGCUGGUGGCAACGAUUUUCUGCUUUUUUAAUGGAGAGGUCCAGUCUGUCCUACGGAGGCACUGGAAACAGUACAGGAUCCAGUUCGAACAUAGUUUUGCCCACUCCGAUGGUCUCCGGUCAGCUUCUUUUACAGUUUCUUCCUCCUUCACUGAUGGCCAAAGCUUCAAUUUUAACCAUGACUGCCCCAGUGAACAUUUAAAUGGAAAAAGCUUCAGCGAGAUGGAAAAUGGUCCUUUUAAACCCGAGAAGCUGUAUGGGUGAUUACAGAAGAUUGUCAGUUCUCACCAAUGUGUUAUUUCAAAUAGAUGACUCCCUGAGCAGCAGUGACUUUUGGAGGGAAAUGGCUGUUCCUUAAGAAUGCAAUGAGUUUUAAUUUGUUUAUUGUGUCUACACGCAUUAGCAUAUCUUUGCAAGUGAAUGCUAGUAUACUGGAGCUAGUGACACCCAAUCAUUGGAAUAUUAAGCUUCAACCUCUGGAUUUAAAACAUUCAGAAAGAUGCUGAUUGAGAUUUUAAUGGGAUCAAUCAUGCCCUAGUUAGAUCUGUUCUUGUACAUAUGUUUUUCUGCAUAUAAAUAUAUCUGGAGAUAGAUAAACUUUGCCUCUUCAACUUCUACUGUGUAGACAAAUUGGGCAAUUUAUUUUGUAUGAAGGGAAUCAAAGGAAGUUCUGUAUUUUUUUUUCCAGCAGUUUGUAUCUUGACUGGGUUGUCAUUUUGCAGCCAUUUUGUUGCUUCAAUACUUGUAUAUACGGUAUUUAUCAUAUUCUGUUGUCUUAAGUGCAACCAACAAACACAGUCUAAAUCUUGAAGAAGAAGAAAAAUCACUAAAUGCAAAGCAUUCUUUUGGAUUGACUGUGCAACUUCUAUGUCUGACAAAGAUGGAUACAAACCAAUCUGCAAUAUUCUGAAUAAAGUGGAUUCAAAUUUACUAGACAUAUGAGGGCCAACAUUUUCAAAAAUGCCUCUUACCUUCAGUUCCUGCAAGCAAUUGAAAAAAAAUAUAGUCAUCCCAUCAAUACCUGGUAGGCAUAGGAACUAUGAGGAUGAAGAUGGGUUUUCUGUCCUUCUGUGGCCUUCUGUGUGUGUUUGUGUGUGUGUAUGUGUAUAGGACAUGUUUUGAAGGUAUGGCAAUGUUGGUAGAUGAUUUGUAUUCAGUAAAGAAAAUAGGUGCCAAGGUUUUUUUUUUAACUAUGGUAAUUUGCCAAUAGGCUUCUCCGAUUGGGCUGAUGCUUUAGUAAGAAGAACAGAAGACAACAGAUGAGCCUUUUAGGGAGCAGAGAGGAAUGAUGAGGUUCAUACCCUAAUUUAUUUAUUUUUCCUAAGUGGGAACCUUGGGUGAGAGAAAUCAUUAUUAGAAGACAGUGUCUAGUAACAGGUGUAACAUACCCACAUGGGCUCCAUAAUCCCCACAGCCAGAAUGUGGAACACUUACAGACAACUUUGAUCAUAUCCCUCUAUAACGUUCAUAGAGACAUUCUCACUCAACACCCUAGCUAGAAAUGAGUCGUUCCUUUCCUUUGAGCAAAGACCAAAUGUUGAUGAUCUAAUCAUACUGGGCACCCCAAUUCACACAUCUAAGACGGGUCAUUAUUUUGGCUUCAAACAUACAGAUGUUGGACAAGCACAAGUAGGGUUGUUUAGACCUUGA